CAGGUUGUGGAACCCGUGUUUUCGUGCCACGCUGUCAGCCACGGCCAGGCCUCCAGGGAUGUGCACAGCCCACGUGUUGGUAAAGACCUUCUGGCCGCGGGCAUCAGUUGUCAGCAGGACCAAGGCUCCUGCUGCUGCUACCACCCAUAGCAACCAGGGCCUCAGCUCCAUGGGGGGGCAGGAGGCCGGAACCCUGGAGCUCCGUCUCCUUGGCCUAGUCACAGGGCUUCGGCUCCCACGUGCUUGCUCACUGCCUGUGGCCCGGGGUUGACUGGUGGGGGCAUGGAGCCAAGAUGGGCAGGGCUUUCGGGGAGAAUGAGGGCUGCUGGCUCCUGGGGAACCCGGGCGGGGAAACUUUUCCAGGCGAGCGCCGCGGCGGCUCGGGCGCCCCUCGGCCGAGCGGAGAGCCCGGCGGCGGGGGCCUGGGCUCGGCGCGGUCCCCGCGCCAGCAGCAGCGUCACGGUGCGGAGGCGGGGAGGCGCGGCGGCGCGGCCUCGGCCCGGCCGGCGACCAGGGCAGGGCUCGGCCUCGCUCCGGCUCGGGCGGGGGCAGCGGCCGGGCCGCGGCGGCGCGGCUUGUUUACUCGGGCCGCUGUCACGGCGGCGGCGGCCCGGGCUCCUCCUCCUCCGCCGCCGCGCCCCUCCCCCUCGCGGCGCCACCUCCGCGCUCCCCCGGCCGCAGCCGCCGCCGCCGGCCCGGGCCCGCCGCGCAGCCCAGCCCAUGCCGCACAGCCCCGGCCCGCGUUCGGAGCGCGAGCGCCACACGCCCCUGCAAGCCCGGCCCUGCGGCCUUCUGGGGCGCCCGCUGCCUUGACUCCCGGUAGGCGCAGGUAGGACGUGGGGCCGGUGAUCCCAAAGCCCUCACGGCCGCCAGCGCGCCCCCCAGACCCCAGAGUCCGCGUCUCUGCCCCCGGGUUCGGCUCUUCGUACCGCGAGCUCCCUGGGCAGCUGCUUGCGGAAACCCGAACUCGGAACCAUCCUGAGAGGAUGGAAAGGGAAGGGCCUGGAGAGUCAUUCUGAGCCCAGCCUCGGCAGGACUCUGGGAAGCUGGCACUCUCCCCACCUCCGCCACCCGCCCCCAGCGCUUCCCCGCUCUCCCAGCUCUUCCUGAGUCCUGAGUUGAGUGCCCUGGGAUGGCAGACCUGGGGCAUGCCACUUGGAGGUUCUACCUCCCAGCGGUAGGACAAACCUCGCGGCCUGCUGUUAGAGGAGUCACGAUUUUAUUUGCUUCUGUUUAGACAGGUGGAUAUAUAAGCAGAAGUAACCCACCUCCUUUUAAUCCCCCCCACCACCACCAACGACAUGCCAGGCACCCAACUAGUCACUUCAGAUUAUCUCCUCCUUAGGUACAUUAUUUAAUCCACAUAAUCCUUUCAGGCUGACAUUAUUAAUCCCAUUUUACAGAUAAGGAAACUGAGGUGCACAAAGUUUAAAUAAUUUUCCCUAAACUAGCAGGCUUCAGAGCCUGGAAGAGACCUGGGGUUUUGGCAGAGUCUGAAUCCAACUACUUGCAAUAUACCAGCCGAAGCCUCUCCCUCCCUGGGUUCCUGCCCUAGAAAACGUCUGUGCUACUUGGCUGAGGUGGACACUGCUUGAGCUGAGAAAGAAAAGAGGGAAAAUGUGGCCAAAAGCUCUGCAGACUGGGUUAUUCCAAGGUCGUGGAGUAGCCUCUGCCCAUCCCUUCCCACUCCCUGUGAGAUAACCUGGCCAGCAGAGUGCUAUCCUGUCACCUCCUUCACAAAGGUUCCGGGAUAAUGAUAAAAACAAAUGCCACUGAGUGCUUACUGGAGCCAGGCACCAUUCUAAGCCAGUUCCAUGUAUUAACUCUUUUUAUUCUCACCACAAACCCUAUGAGAUAGGUACAGUGCUGUUUUCCUUUAGGAGCUUGUAUUUAAUUUUAUUUUGAGACAGGGUCUUGCUAAGUUGCCCAGGCUAGCGGGAACUUGUGAUUCUCCUUCCUCAUCUUCCCCAGUUAGCUGCCCAGAUAGCUGGGAUCACAUGCAUGU